GGAAUGAGUUCCCCCUUAUGCAAACUUCUGGACCAUGAGCAGCUCCCUUAAAAGGACCAAGAGAGAGGGGACCCCCACCAAGGUGCUGGACUGGUUCUUAAAGGGGCCACCUGAAGCAGGACUUUUUCCCACACUGAAGUCACCAACUGAGGGCAGAAACAGGUCUCCCAUCUUUGGGAUAUCUCCCAGGUCUGACUGGUCUGCGUGUGUCUCCCAUGAACAGAGCCGUCCCAGACGUGUUCCUCGCAGGUGGAGACCAGGUACCCCGAGGCCACACUCGCCGCUGUCUUUCUGCAGUUGAAUCCAGAGAGCAACUGGAGGAAGAAGAGGCGGGGGAAAUAAAGGAGGGGAAUGGCGCGCAUGCUGUACCCCUCCGAAGGUCGGGGGCUUUCCGGGCCCAUGGCCGCAACUAUGACGUCUUCAAAAGACAUAGUUGGGGGCCUGGCAGGGAGCUCGAGGACCCACUGACUAGGAGGAGACUGGGAGCAUCGGGAUGCCCAGGCCCCGAGGAGGCCCCCUACUUGCAGAACCAAGAAGAACUGGACACCUUUCUGGGACUGCAGCACCAGGGUGGCUACCCUUCGCGGCUGCUGCAGCCAGCUGGAAGGACUUUUUUUUACCUGGGCAGGCUCCUCCCUGCGACGGACCUUCAGCUUCCUCUUGGGAAUGACUGGAAAGGCCAAGACCCGGGAAAAGGAGAAGAUGAAGGAAGCCAAGGAUGCCCGCUAUACCAAUGGGCACCUCUUCACCACCAUCUCAGUUUCAGGCAUGACCAUGUGCUAUGCCUGUAACAAGAGCAUCACAGCCAAGGAAGCCCUCAUCUGCCCAACCUGCAAUGUGACUAUCCACAACCGCUGUAAAGACACCCUCGCCAACUGUACCAAGGUCAAGCAGAAGCAACAGAAAGCAGCCCUGCUGAAGAACAACACUGCCUUGCAGUCCGUCUCUCUGCGAAGUAAGACAACCAUCCGGGAGCGGCCAAGCUCGGCCAUCUACCCCUCCGACAGCUUCCGGCAGUCCCUCCUAGGCUCCCGCCGUGGCCGCUCCUCGUUGUCUUUAGCCAAGAGUGUUUCCACCACCAACAUUGCUGGACAUUUCAAUGAUGAGUCUCCCCUGGGGCUGCGCCGGAUCCUCUCACAGUCCACAGACUCCCUCAACAUGCGGAACCGAACCCUAUCAGUGGAAUCCCUCAUUGACGAAGCAGAGGUAAUCUACAAUGAGCUGAUGAGUGACUUUGAGAUGGAUGAGAAGGACUUUGCAGCUGACUCCUGGAGCCUUGCUGUGGACAGCAGCUUCCUGCAGCAGCAUAAAAAGGAGGUGAUGAAGCAGCAGGAUGUCAUCUAUGAGCUAAUCCAGACAGAGCUGCACCACGUGAGGACACUGAAGAUCAUGACCCGCCUCUUCCGCACGGGGAUGCUGGAAGAGCUACAGUUGGAGCCGGGAGUGGUCCAGGGCCUGUUCCCCUGCGUGGACGAGCUCAGUGACAUCCACACACGCUUCCUUAGCCAGCUAUUAGAACGCCGACGCCAGGCCCUGUGCCCUGGCAGUACCCGGAACUUUGUCAUUCAUCGCUUGGGUGAUCUGCUUAUCAGCCAGUUCUCAGGUCCUAGCGCGGAGCAGAUGCGUAAGACCUACUCGGAGUUCUGCAGCCGCCACACCAAGGCCUUAAAGCUCUAUAAGGAGCUGUAUGCCCGAGAUAAACGCUUCCAGCAAUUCAUCCGGAAAGUGACCCGCUCUGCUGUGCUCAAGCGGCACGGGGUACAGGAGUGCAUCCUGCUGGUGACUCAGCGCAUCACCAAGUACCCAGUACUCAUCAGCCGCAUCCUGCAGCAUUCCCACGGGAUCGAGGAGGAACGCCAGGACCUGACCACAGCACUGGGGCUAGUGAAGGAGCUGCUGUCCAAUGUGGACCAGGAUAUUUAUGAGCUGGAGAAAGGGGCCCGUCUGCAGGAGAUCUACAACCGCAUGGACCCUCGGGCCCAAACCCCAGUGCCUGGCAAGGGCCCCUUUGGCCGAGAGGAACUUCUGCGGCGCAAACUCAUCCACGAUGGCUGCCUGCUCUGGAAGACAGCAACGGGGCGCUUCAAAGAUGUGCUAAUGCUGCUGAUGACAGAUGUACUGGUGUUUCUCCAGGAAAAGGACCAGAAGUACAUCUUUCCUACCCUGGACAAGCCCUCAGUGGUAUCGCUGCAGAAUCUAAUCGUACGGGACAUCGCCAACCAGGAGAAAGGGAUGUUUCUGAUUAGCGCAGCCCCACCUGAGAUGUACGAGGUGCACACAGCAUCCCGGGAUGACCGGAGCACCUGGAUCCGGGUCAUUCAGCAGAGCGUGCGCGUAUGCCCAUCCAGGGAGGACUUCCCCCUGAUUGAGACAGAGGAUGAGGCUUACCUGCGGCGAAUUAAGAUGGAGUUGCAGCAGAAGGACCGGGCACUGGUGGAGCUGCUGCGAGAGAAGGUUGGGCUGUUUGCUGAGAUGACCCAUUUCCAGGCCGAAGAGGAUGGUGGCAGUGGGAUGGCCCUGCCCACCCUGCCCAGGGGCCUUUUCCGCUCUGAGUCCCUUGAGUCCCCUCGUGGCGAGCGGCUGCUGCAGGAUGCCAUCCGUGAGGUGGAGGGUCUGAAAGACCUGCUGGUGGGGCCAGGAGUGGAACUGCUCUUGACACCCCGAGAACCAGCCCUGCCCUUGGAACCAGACAGCGGUGGUAACACGAGUCCUGGGGUCACUGCCAAUGGUGAGGCCAGAACCUUCAAUGGCUCCAUUGAACUGUGCAGAGCCGACUCAGACUCCAGCCAGAGGGAUCGAAAUGGAAAUCAGCUGAGAUCACCCCAAGAGGAGGCGUUGCAGCGAUUGGUCAAUCUCUAUGGACUUCUACAUGGCCUACAGGCAGCUGUGGCCCAGCAGGACACUUUGAUGGAAGCCCGGUUCCCUGAGGGCCCUGAGCGGCGGGAGAAGCUGUGCCGAGCCAACUCUCGGGAUGGGGAGGCUGGCAGGUCUGGGGCUGCCCCUGUGGCCCCUGAAAAGCAGGCCACAGAACUGGCAUUACUGCAGCGGCAACAUGCGCUGCUGCAGGAGGAGCUACGGCGCUGCCGGCGGCUAGGUGAAGAACGGGCAACCGAAGCUGGUAGCCUGGAGGCCCGGCUCCGGGAGAGUGAGCAGGCCCGGGCGCUGCUGGAGCGGGAGGCUGAAGAGGCUCGAAGGCAGCUGGCCGCCCUGGGCCAGACCGAGCCACUCCCAGCCGAGGCCCCCUGGGCCCGCAGACCUGUGGAUCCUCGGCGGCGCAGCCUCCCUGCAGGCGAUGCCCUGUACUUGAGUUUCAACCCCCCACAGCCCAACCGAGGCACAGACCGCCUGGAUCUGCCUGUCACUACUCGCUCUGUCCAUCGACACUUCGAGGACCGAGAGAGGCAGGAACUGGGGAGCCCUGAAGAGCGGCUGCAAGAUAGCAGUGACCCUGACACUGGCAGCGAGGAGGAAGGUAGCAGCCGUCUGUCUCCGCCCCACAGUCCACGAGGUGAGACCCUGGCGGAGACAUGGACCAGAGACUUUACCAGAAUGCAGGACAUCCCGGAGGAGACGGAGAGCCGCGACGGGGAGGCUGUAGCCUCCGAGAGCUAAGGGGGCCCCUCACCCCUGCCCUGUGCCCCACUGAAGAACAUUACUGAGGGGGGCUAACCUUGGGGACUCCAAUUUGCCAAUGAUGAGGGAACAUUUGAAAGAACUGCAGAUUGUCCUUGCCAGCUCUUGGGAUCCUUAGAUACCUGGGGCCAUUUAAGAAGCUGGGGGAAUUAGGCCACAACACCCCCUGGGGCAUCCGAAAGCUACACCACAGAUGCCAGUGGUUCAUGCCUUCUUCCCUCCACUUUAGGAAAAUUUAUUUAUUUAUUGUUUAUUAGUUAUGGGGGGAGAGGGGAGAUUUAAAGGACCAGGGACAUGGGAACCAAGCCAUAGGGAUCAGAGGGCCUUGUCCUUGAACACUACUGGGGUAUAUUCAGGCUCAUCCACACAACUGCUGGGUUCUUGCCCUAACAACCCUCCCCUGCAACAUCCGUCUUGGAGGAGAGACUGCAGCCACAAAACCCUAACUGCCCUUUAAAUAAAGGAGGGCUAUGGGCAGGGCCAUGUCCCUUUCUCCUCUCCCCUCAACCUCUUACUGCUGUUCUCCCUUUCGCUGUCCUUCAUGGAAGCCCUGGGAGAUAACCUGUCUUCUUGGAGUUGAUGGAAUAGAGGUUGGGGUGGCCAUAAUGGUUUGUUGGGGGUGAGGGAAAAAACCCACAGGGACCAGAAUGUUUUCUUCUUGUUUUGUUUUCUUUUUUGUACCAAAGUCAACUGCACGUGUUUUAUAUUUUUAAGAGAUCGUAGGCAAUUAGAAAUCGAAGCCUCCUAUCUCCACAUCUCUGAAGAAGUUGAGGGGUAGGGGAGACAAUGACUUCUGCCUUCAUCUGCAGUAACGGGGGGACCUAUACUGACCUAUUCCCCAGCCAUUUGGAAACAAAUUCUAGGGUGGGUUGGGAAAUCUCCAGGAGCCCUGACCUCAUCUUCCACCUCAGCAACCGUGACCUGAAACCUCAGCGUGAAUUUGGGGGAUUUUUCAAUGGAACCCCUGCCCCCAAAUGUCGACCAGCCCCAGUUGGUUUUUUUUUUUUUUCUGCCAAUUUUGUUGUUUUAAAAAAAAUAUAUCAGGGAAAAUUAAAAACCUGGAACUCCA